AUGUCCUCAUACAAAUCAACAUUCAACAACUCUCCCCGUUCGUCGCCCUUCCGCCGUCCGGGUUCACCAGGCUCCCCUACCCUCGUCAGCUCUGGAAGACCGGCAACUCCUCCAACCAACAGAAGCGCCGCUUCACCUUUGACCUCGCCAUCUAAGCUUAAGCAUGCCUAUACAGUCUCGGAAGAAGAAGAGGAAAGCGAGAUCAUGGUGUCAACCCCAUCAAAAACCACAGCAGAUCCGUCCUUUAGAAGAGCUCAAACUGAACCCCCUUCGUCAUCAACGACUCGUCGCUCACAACCUCCUUCGCCCUCAAAACACGACGCAACCCCGCUCCUGAUGCCCAAUACAAACAAUUCAAUUAGCAGAGAGCCACGCAGGCUCGUCUCAAACGGUAUGCUCUCUCAAAACGAUAACCUCUCAAAACUCCCUCCGCAACUCCUGCAUAACAUGCGCGAAUCCUUCUCCGUCCUGGACUCCAAUUCCAACGGCACAAUCGACGCCUCUUCUGUGGCUGAAACGCUGCAGUCCCUUGGACUACAUGAAAGCAACCUGUCUCAAUUCUUCCCGCCGGGACAACCGCAACAGAUGUCCCUGCCACAAUAUCUGAGUCAGCUGGCCAAUAUAUUAGUCGGAUUAUCGCCUCAGCAAGAACUUCUCAAUGCUUUGUCUGCCUUCGACGACGAUGAUAGCGGGCAAAUCGACGUUGCAGAGCUGCGUGCAGCGUUAUUGAGCACGGUGCCAGAUCCGGGGGAACGACCGCUGACCGGAAAGGAUAUUGACCGAGCCAUGGAAGGCUUCACGGGAAGGAGGAUUCUCGGCAAAAACGUGAUUGGUAUUGCUGGCGUGAGAGGCUUAAAGGAUCCCGCGCCAAAGAAAGGAGGCGACGUGUUUCGAUACCAGGAGUUUGUGGCGAAUUUGACGGGCGGGCCUGCCACGGACUCUGUACGUGCGCAGAGUGUUGCUUCGCUGUAG